CUCAACUUCAAAACAAUACUAGUCUUUGAUCUCCUACUAGUACCUGGAUAUGGCUCAAGGGGGUAACAAGGGCAAGAAGGCAGUGUCACUGCGAGAGAAGAAAGAUGGUGCAAAUAAUGCAGCCCUAGCGGCCUUAAGCAAAGAAGCAGGGGAGUAUAACUCUAUGAUGAACAGGGUUGAAACGAUGGCUGGUCCAGAGCUGAGGGAGUACGUCUCACAAAACAAACACACACUGGGUAGCAAACUGAAAGCAACAAUUAAGAAGCUUCUACGGAAAGGUAAGCCCAAUAAGAAGAGGAGGACUAUGCUGCACCUGCACCCGAUCGUAGGCGCCACACUCAAAUUUCAUAAAGAUGAUGACAUGCCUGGAGCUGUUUGAUCUGCAGGAGAUGCGUAAAGGGACGGACGGAUAGACUGACCAUGCAUGCCUAGCAAGAUAAUAUAUGUAUUCACUGUUUACCAUGUCGUAUGGGAUGGGACCGCUGUUUAUGUUGUAUUUGGCCGGCGCAAAACGAGUUAUUAUAAAGCCUCCAAGAGAUUGUCAGAGCAUCACCGGGAGUCUGUAAAACAUCUUUAUAUUUUUUUAGUAAAAAGAGA